AUGGCAGCCCAAAUCCCCACUGAAGCUCUCAAGGAGCUGAAAGUGGCCGAAGGAACCCAGCCGGCUGGCCAAGCUGGGAACUCGGCCAACGGCCAUGCCGAAGACGCUCACGACGGAGAAGACUCCGAAGACGAGGCAGAAGAACCCUCCACCACCGGAGCCGCCAAGAAGAAGAAGAAGAGAAAGCCCAAGAAGAAGAAGAAGGCUCCCACCAGCCAGACCGAGCCUCCCCGGGUAAUGGUCAGCCAGCUGUUCCCUAACAAGACGUUUCCCAAGGGCGAGGAGGUCGAGUACCUGAACGAGAACGCCUACCGAACCACCAGCGAGGAGAAGCGCCACCUCGAUAACCUCAACAGCGAAUUCUUGGCCGACUACCGAGAGGCCGCCGAGGUGCACCGCCAAGUGCGACAGUAUGCGCAAAAGGUCAUCAAGCCCGGCCAGACCCUGACCGAGAUUGCCGAGACCAUUGAGGACAGUGUGCGUGCUCUCACGGGCCACCAGGGCCUGGAGGAGGGAGAUGCCCACAUCGCCGGUAUGGGCUUUCCCUGCGGUCUCAGCUUGAACCACUGUGCCGCCCACUACACUCCCAAUGCGGGCAACAAGAUGGUGCUGCAGCAGAACGACGUCAUGAAGGUGGACUUUGGCGUUCACGUCAACGGAAAGAUUGUCGACUCUGCGUUCACCAUGGCAUUUGAGCCCAAGUAUGAUCCCCUGCUCGCGGCAGUCAGGGCCGCCACCAACGCCGGUGUGCGCGAAGCAGGCAUUGAUGCUCGCGUCGGCGAGAUUGGUGGUGUCAUCCAGGAGGUCAUGGAGAGCUACGAGGUCGAGAUCGACGGCACGACGUACCCCGUCAAGAGUAUCCGCAACCUGACGGGACACACCAUCCUGCCGUACAGCAUUCACGGCACAAAGGCCGUGCCCAUUGUGAAGAGCAACGACCAGACCAAGAUGGAGGAGGGCGACGUGUUUGCCAUUGAGACAUUUGGCAGCACGGGCAACGGACACGUGCGUGAUGACGGCGAGGUGUCGCACUAUGCAAAGGUUGGCGAUGUGCAGCACGUCGACCUCCGCCUUAGUUCGGCCAAGGCGCUCCUCAAUGUGAUUAACAAGAACUUUGGAACGCUGCCCUUCUGCCGACGAUACCUCGACCGCCUCGGCCAGGAGAAGUACCUAUUGGGUCUCAAUAGCCUGGUGCAAAACGACAUUGUCGAGGCGUACCCGCCCUUGUGUGAUAAGAAGGGCUCGUACACCGCUCAGUAUGAGCACACUAUACUUAUCCGACCCACCGUGAAGGAGGUCAUCAGCCGCGGAGAAGACUACUAG